AUGUCAUCAGGAGCUUCAUCUUCACCAGCUUUUACUUUCAUUAUUGUUGCCUGUUUUACCUUUGGUGUUGCUCCUUUUACAAGUGCCCAGAAUGGAACUCAACCCAUUACUGAUCCCUCUGAAGUGAGAGUUUUGAAUUCAAUCUUUAAUCAAUGGAAAAUAAAGGCUAAAUGGAAUACAAGUGAGGAUCCAUGCAGUGGGGCAGCCAUAGAUUCUACUGAUUUCAAUGUUGUCACUUUCAACCCCUUUAUCAAAUGUGAUUGCUCUUUCAACAAUGCUUCUCUCUGCCAUAUUACUCAACUGAAGGUUUCAAAUGUUGCUGGUGCUACAAUUCCAGAAGAGCUAUGGAGUCUAACCUUCCUCUUCAAUCUGAAUUUGGGCCAGAAUUUCUUCACAGGCUCUCUAUCUCCAUCAAUUGGAAACCUCACUAAGAUGCAAUACCUGAGCUUAGGCAUAAAUGCACUGUCAGGGGAGGUACCAAAGGAAUUGGGACUACUUACUGAGCUAUUAAUUUUGUCCUUUUCAUCAAACAACUUCUCUGGUCCUUUGCCGCCAGAGUUAGGGAAUUUAAAUAAAUUACAACACCUUUUCAUUGAUAGUGCUGGAGUUAGUGGCAAGAUACCUUCAACAUUUGCAAAUCUUCAAAGCUUGCAAACAUUGUGGGCAUCAGACAAUGAAUUCACCGGAAAGAUACCUGACUUCAUAGGAAAUUGGACAAAUCUUAAUAGCUUGAGAUUUCAAGGAAAUUCUUUUCAAGGACCUAUACCAUCAACAUUUGCGAAUCUGACUUCUCUAACAGAAUUGCAAUUAAGUGAAAUAUCUAAUGCAAGUACUUCUCUUGCAUUUAUCAAGAAUAUGAAGUCUCUAAGUACAUUAGUGCUUAGGAAUAACAACAUCACUGGUUCAAUUCCAUCAUACAUAGGAGAACUUCGACAGUUAAAACACCUAGAUUUGAGCUUCAACAAGUUAAAUGGACAGAUUCCAGACUCUCUUUUCAACAUUAAUUCACUCUCUUAUCUGUUUCUUGGAAAUAACAGCCUAAACGGAACCUUACCUCGGAAAAGAAGUACAACUAUUCUCAAUAUUGAUUUGUCAUACAAUAAUCUAAUGGGGAGCAUUCCUUCCUGGGUCAACAAUCAACAGAAUCUACACAUUAACUUGGUUGGCAACAACUUUACAAUAGAUAACUUAAAUAACAGUCCUCUUCUUUCAGGGUUGAACUGUCUCCAAAAGAAUUUCUCCUGCGGUUCAGGAAAUCCCACGUGUGAAUACAUUAGAAUAAUUUUUUUCUAUUUACCUUUUAUUUAUUUUGCAUGUGUAUAUCAUGACAAAUAUGUUAUGAACUGUUUACUGUCUUUAAUUGAUUACUACACCUUUUAUGCAAUUGAUUCAAAUAGUUUGAUAACUUGUCCUUUUUGGAAUGUACUAAUACUAAUAAUGCCUUUGUUUUUAAAUAUAACAUUUCAUUGGUGUGUAGAUUCUAGCUUCGGGAUUAACUCUGGUGGUAUUCGAAUUAAGUCUUUAGAUGGAAUUGAGUAUGAAAAGGAUGAUGAGGUUUUGGGUGCAGCUACACAUUUUGUCACCAGCAGCAAAAGAUGGGCAGCGAGCAAUGUUGGAAUUUUUGCAAAUAACAUUAAUUCUAGCUAUACAAGUAAUAUAGUAUCUCAAUUCACAAAUACUUUAGACUCAGAACUAUUCCAUACAGUAAGGCUUUCUUCUUCAUCAUUGAGAUACUAUGGUCUGGGGCUUGAGAAUGGUAACUACACUGUCAAACUCCAGUUUGCAGAAAUUGCUUUCGAAAAUUCUCGCACCUGGAAAAGUGUUGGCAGGCGUGUAUUUGAUAUUUAUAUCCAGGGAAAUAGAGUUUUAAAAAAUUUUGACAUAAGAAAGGAGGCUGGUGGUCUCUCUUUUAGAGCAGUAGAGAAAGAAUUUACUGUUCAUGUUUCACAGAACUUCAUUGAAGUCCACCUCUUUUGGGCUGGAAAAGGAACUUGUUGUAUACCUGAUCAAAGUACUUUUGGGCCUUCCAUUUCAGCAAUCAGUGCCACUCCAGAUUUUAUACCCACUGUCAGUAACAAAUCUCCAAGCACUAAAAAGAACCAUACCGGUCUGAUUGUUGUGGGAGUUGUCGUUGGAUUUGCUGUUUUAAGCGUUUUCUGUGUGUUAGUGGCUUUAUACAUUGCUCAACAAAGAAAGAGAGCUCAAAUGAACGAAGAGUUCUUGGGAAUGGAUGUUAAACCAUUCACUUUCAGCUAUAGCGAACUGAAGACGGCUACCAAUGAUUUCAAUUCAGCUAAUAAGUUGGGAGAGGGGGGAUUCGGGCCUGUCUACAAGGGAACACUUGAAGAUGAAAGAGUUGUCGCUGUGAAGCAACUGUCAGUGACUUCUCGUCAAGGAAAGAGCCAGUUUGUUGCCGAAAUUGCCACAAUAUCUGCUGUGCAACAUCGCAACCUGGUCAAAUUGUAUGGAUGCUGUAUUGACGGAGAUAGAAGACUUCUUGUUUAUGAGUACCUAGAAAACAAGAGUCUUGAUCAAGCAUUAUUUGGGAAGUGUAGCUUGAAGCUGGAUUGGCCAACACGUUUCGACAUUUGCAUGGGGGUAGCAAGAGGUCUAUCUUAUCUUCAUGAGGAGUCACGGCUUAGAAUUGUACACCGAGAUGUCAAGUCCAGCAACAUUCUGCUUGACUAUAAUCUCAUCCCCAAAAUAUCAGAUUUUGGUUUGGCUAAACUUUAUGAUGAAAAACAAACUCAUAUAAGUACUCGCGUUGCUGGAACAAUUGGUUAUCUUGCACCAGAAUAUGCCAUGCGUGGUCACCUUACAGAGAAAGCCGAUAUCUUUGCCUUUGGCGUUGUGGCUCUAGAGCUUGUUAGUGGCAGGCCAAAUUCUGACUCUACAUUAGAUGAAGAAAGAAUGUACCUUCUUGAAUGGGCUUGGAAUUUGCGUGAACAAGGCUGCGAAAUUGAGCUGGCAGAUUCAGAACUAUCAGAAUUCGAUGAGGAAGAAGUGAAAAGAAUCAUUGGAGUGGCUCUAUUAUGCACUCAAACCUCACCAACAUUGCGUCCAUCUAUGUCAAGAGUGGUGGCAAGGAUCUCAGGAGACAGUGAUGUGAGCACUGCAAUUUCAAGGCCUGGUUACUUGGCUGACUGGAAAUUCAGUGAUGUCAGCAGCCUAAUGAGAAAGAUUACAAAAGGGACUGAUUCUAGUUUUUAUGACUCGUCUACAACAUAAACUGCCAAAUGGCCUUUAAGAACAUCUACUGUCAUUAAAGCCACUUUGUUUGAACUCUACAAAAACCGUCAAAGAAAUUUCUUACCUGGAACUCUUGAAACACAGAAACCAUGGUUAACGAUGUAUGCAGAGAAGUAAUGAGAAAAUUUGAGAAUGUAAGGAAACUUUGCUUGUGUGAUUAGUUGCCUUGAUGUUAACCUCUAACUCUAUAUGCUUAUUUAUAUUGCCAUCUGUGAUAUGAAUGAAUGGUUGAGCUAAACCAAAUGUUCACAAAACUACUAGAAUGGGAAGGUGAUAAAACAAUUGGUUUGAGUUUGGUUU